CUUUGUACAGCUCAUGCGCACUUUGUAUGGAGUGUGUAUUGGUCAUCCGUGGUUGGGACAGCACAUGACAUUCAGCUGUUCCCUGCAGGCUGCUUCAUGCUAAAUAGAAAAGAAGGGGAAAAGGGAAGCGGAGUUUGGCACGGACGCUGACCGUACUGAAGAGGAGGAGGAGGAAAUGGUAUGCAGCACAGGCGGGGCUGUACCUCCCUCUGUCCCGUAGCUGUCGUCUCGUCUGUUUUUAUUUACAGCGAAAACACAAGCCCGUUUCUACCAGGAACCCCGGGCUCCAAGGCUCAUUUUGUGGAAGUACCUCCACCCGGUAUGCCCGAAAAACGCAGCUAAAAACGGGUUAACGAUGGCUUCGGUUCGGAUGGUCGGCAAAGUUACGGCGAGACUUUUGGGAAGUAUUCAGCCUCUUCACUGCAGUCUCAAAACUACGCGUCCUGUUACAUUUCUUCACAAGGUUCAACAAAGGUCGCCCCUGCUUGGAAAUAGCCCAGCGUUUUUCUACAGUACACUUGCUCUCUCCAGUGACGUGUCUUUGAAGUACAAACAUGGCCGCUUGGUUCUGGAGGUGCCAUUGCCCUCCAGAGAUGAGAAGUGUCUGUUCUUCCUCAGACCCAUGCUGAUGAGUGUGGGAGACCUGAUCGCAGAUCUGCAGAGAGAGGACCCCGGGGCCACGGCCUCCGUUUUGUCCGAAGAUGGAGAGCGUGUAGCCCACACCACGCUGAUUGACGGCCUGCUGGAUAAGGACUUCCAGCUCGUAAUCAAUGAUGCCGUUUAUAACGUCAUCUCUCCUGAAAAGGUGGGUACCAAUGAGCAGGCCAUGGAGCUGGAGGACAUGAAGCAUGUCGUGCAUCUGCUGCACACGGCGCUGCACAUGCCUGAACACCACAUGCUGAAAGAGAGGCAGCUGCUGGAGAGACAGGACAACCUCAAACAGGAGCUGACCCCUCUGGAGGAGAUGAAGGCUCAGCUGUCCCGCUCAGCGGACUUCCACAGCUCCAGGGUAGUGUGGACCGGCCUGGCCCUGUUAUCUGUGCAGGGCGGCGCUCUGGCCUGGCUCACGUGGUGGGUUUACUCAUGGGACGUCAUGGAACCCGUCACUUAUUUCAUCACCUACGCCACAAGCAUCGGAGCCUUCUCCUAUUAUGUCCUUACCAAACAGGAUUAUAUAUACCCAGACGUUCAAGACAGACAGUUCCUGCAUUACUUUUAUAAGGGGGCCGGCAGGAAGAAAUUCAACGUGGAGAAAUACAAUGAACUGAAGGAUGAGCUGGCUGAGGUGGAGGAGGACCUGAGACGUCUGAGAAAUCCGACUCAAUUUCACCUACCGCUCGAACAGAUCCAGGCGAAGCCGUGAACGAUGGUCACUCGCACUCAAACGCUCCAGAGCAAAAACAAAUAUUCUGCUUUAUUUUGAUAAUGGUGCCUUUUUACCAGGAAUCCAUGUCAUUCUGUGUUUUGUUUACAGUCUUGAUAAUGAUGCCAAUUAUGUCUUUGAGAAAAGUAAAAACACUGAGAACUAUUGAAUUAAAAAGAAUGCCCCGAUCUCCUGAGAA